CAACUUCAUUAUUUUUUCAUGCAUUCUUCAGCUCCCAAGUCAUGAACUUCAACGCCUCACAAGUCACAAUGCUCUCGAAUCUCAGGAUGGGUAUAAACUGGCGAAGUUGGCUCAAACAUGGAUCUAAUCUCAGAUUGAUGAUCUUAGUUCUGUGGUUGUGUUGUUAUGUUAAUGUUGGUGAUGGUCAAACUAUUGGGGACACCAGUAAGUUCGACAAUUCAUCAGUUCUUUAUAAUAGCACCAGUACUCUUAUUCGUGAGCUCGGUAACAAAGCAAAGUUUUGCGUCAAAGACCGGGAUACUGAUUGGAACAGAGCGUUUAACUUCUCUUCAAACUUGCGCUUCUUAUAUUCUUGUCAGAAAACCAAAGGUGGUGGUAUUGAAAGACGUAUCUGUGGAGCAGCAGAGAUGAAGUUUUAUCUUGAUGCUUUUUUAAACAAAACUCAUAAAAUAAAGAACACGGAAUACUUGCAGCCAAAUGUAAAUUGCAACAGGACUUCAUGGCCCUCUGGUUGUGAACCUGGAUGGGGCUGUAGUACUCUUAGUCCAACCGAACCAGUCAACCAGCUGCAAAAUCACACACAGUUUCCUCAAAGAACAGAAAACUGUAUGGCUUGUUGUGAAGGCUUUUUCUGCCCUCGUGGCCUUACUUGUAUGAUACCUUGUCCCCUUGGUGCUCAUUGUCCCUUAGCUACCCUUAAUCAGACUACAAGCUUAUGUGAACCGUAUAGUUAUCAGUUACCACCAGGACAACCAAACCACACUUGUGGAGGUGCGAAUGUAUGGGCCGAUAUCGGAUCCAGUAGUGAAGUAUUCUGUCCAGCGGGAUCGUAUUGUCCAACCACCGAUACAAAAUUAGCUUGCGAUAAAGGGCACUAUUGCAGAAAGGGAUCUACAUCUGAGAUACUCUGCUCUAAGUUUACGUCCUGCAAACGCAACUCAGAAAAGCAGAACAUGGAGGCAAUUGGGAUUAUGGUUAUCGUUGUAGUGAGUGCUAUUCUACUCAUUAUCUACUGUUGUUCCGGUAAAAUCCUAACGAAAAGGGAGAGGAGGCAGGCGGAAUCAAGAGAAGCCGCGGUGAAGAAAGCCAAAGCUCACCAAAGAUGGAAAUCUGCUAGAGAGGGUGCAAAAACGCAUCUAAGUGAGAUCCGUACGCAAAUAGGUCGUACAUUUCCAGGUCAAAGAUCCGAUCAUGAUGGGGAUACAGACAAGAUGUGGCGUCGUGGGGACUCUUCUGACAUGUCAAAGCAUUCAAGUCCUGCGAGUGCCUCUUCUGCGCAAUCUAGUUAUUAUGAUAUCGAAGUUGAUGCAGCCGCCGUUAGUAAUGAAAGAGCAAGUCUUGAAAUAGAAGGAAACAGAGUAGAAAAACAGAGUUUGCCUAAAACUAAAAAAACACGCACCCAAAUCUACAAGUAUGCGUACGAUCGGAUCGAGAAGGAGAAAUCCAUGGAGCAAGAGAAUAGUAAUCUGAACUUCUCAGGAAUAGUUUCAAUGGCUACUAAUACUGAGACGAGGAAGAGACCUCUCUUAGAGCUUUCUUUUAAAGAUUUGACUCUUACUUUGAAGUCCAAUGGUAAGCAUGUGUUGAGAUGUGUCACAGGAACCAUGCAACCUGGUCGGAUCACAGCUGUGAUGGGUCCAUCAGGAGCAGGCAAGACAAGUCUUCUUAAUGCUUUGGCUGGGAAAGCUGUUGGAUGCAAAUUGAGUGGUUCGAUGCUUAUAAACGGGAAACCGGAUUCAAUCCAUUCGUAUAAAAAGAUUAUUGGUUUCGUGCCACAAGAUGACGUUGUUCAUGGAAACUUGACAGUAGAAGAAAAUUUUUGGUUCCAUGCUAAAUGCAGAUUACCUGCGGGUCUAUCGAAAGCAGAAAAAGUUCUUGUGGUUGAAAGAAUCAUUGACUCUUUGGGGCUACAAGCUGUGAGGAACUCUUUAGUUGGUACAGUAGAGAAGCGAGGAAUCUCAGGUGGACAGAAGAAACGAGUCAAUGUGGGUUUAGAAAUGGUAAUGGAGCCUUCAGUUUUAUUCUUGGAUGAGCCUACUUCUGGCUUAGAUAGUGCCUCAUCACAGCUUCUCCUUAGGGCACUUCGGCAUGAGGCCCUUGAGGGAGUCAAUAUUUGCAUGGUUGUUCACCAACCAAGUUAUACUUUGUUCAAAACGUUCAAUGAUCUAGUACUUCUCGCGAAAGGUGGCCUUACUGUUUACCAUGGAUCAGUUGACGAAGUCGAAGAAUACUUCUCAGGGUUGGGAAUAAAUGUUCCAGACCGUAUCAAUCCUCCUGACUAUUACAUAGACGUUCUUGAAGGCAUUGUGACGUCAAUGGGGGAUUCUGUUGGUUACAAAGAGCUUCCUGAAAGGUGGAAUCGUCACAAAGGUUACUCUGUUCCAUCAGAUAUUGACACGAAUCCUAUAAUACGGCAUAACUUCUUGAAGUCUAGAGAUUUAUCCCAUAGAAGAACCCCUCUUAUGUUGCAACAAUACAAAUAUUUCCUUGGAAGGAUAGCUAAGCAGCGAAUGAGAGAAGCUACAUUACAAGCCACAGACUAUAUGAUAUUGUUGCUUGCUGGAGUUUGUUUAGGAUUACUUAAUAAAGCAAAUGAUGAGAGCUUUGGAAUCCCUGGUUACACCCAAACUACGAUCGCAGUCUCUCUUCUUUGCAAAAUAGCAGCUUUGAGAUCAUUCUCACUAGACAAGUUACAUUACAGGAGAGAAAGUGCCUCGGGGAUGAGUAGCUUGGCCUGCUUCCUUGCCAAAGAUACAAUAGACUCUUUCAAUAUAUUUGUCAAGCCAUUGGUCUAUCUCUCUAUGUUCUAUUUCUUUACAAAUCCGAGAUCCACAUUUUUGGAUACCUAUAUCGUUUUGGUCUGCCUCGUAUAUUGUGUGACUGGUAUUGCAUACGUGUUGGCUAUCUUUCUCCAACCAAGCACAGCCCAACUGUUUUCUGCUCUUAUUCCAGUCGUUUUAACACUUGUUGCAACCCAACCUAAGAAGAAUAAUGAAGCUAUUAGGAUCCUGGCUGAUUUGAGUUAUCCAAAGUGGGCUUUGGAGGCAUUUGUAAUAGGAAAUGCUCAAAGGUACUAUGGAGUAUGGAUGAUUACGCGAUGUGGUAUGCUUAUCGAGAGUGGCUACGACAUAAACAACUGGAAUUUGUGUAUAAUGAUAUUGCUUCUCAUAGGUGUGGCCACUCGUGGAAUUGCCUUUGCGGGGAUGAUCAUACUUCAAAAGAAGUGAAGAAAGAUCGUCUCCCUUUACGGCUUUUACCUGCACUUAUAUAUAUAGUUCCCAAGAAUCUGAAGCUGCCUCGGUAGAAGAAGACUAUAGCAUAAUAAAUGCAUUCCAAAUGAACAAAGUCAUCCUUUUGAUAUUUAAAAAAAAAAUAAAAAUUUCAGUGUUUUCCUGUCUUCAAAAUUUUGGGUCAGCAAAAUUCAUUAAACCA